AUGAUAGCCAGAUAUCGUUUAAACUUUAAAACAGUAAGUCGAUCGUGUCCUACCUUCUCUCGACCUCGCGUCCUCUCAGACCAGCGACCACCGGCGCAGCGACCACCCGGCGCAGCGACCACCGGCGCAGCCACCUCCGGCGCAACCCCCACCGGCCUCUCCCCUUCCGUCGGUCGUCCUUCCAGGUUCCUAAUGGAUCACGACAAAAAGAUACUACUCAUAAUUCUAAUGUACUUGUACGUCCGCUACUUUUGGAAAAGGGUGUAAAACGAGUGCGGGACAACGAUUCGGAAAUGACGGGACAUGAAUUUACGUUAGAAUUACUUCACCGUAAUCCUCUACAAUGUGUUGAAGUGUU